AUGCUUAUAUUAAUUUUCACUAAUUAUUAAUAUGUGACAUAAUAGAAACUUGUUUUAUUAUUAGAUUGUAAAUAUACACAUAAAUGGAAAGGAGAUUGCCAAAAUGGGCCCGGAAGUGUAAAAAUAGGAGUGGAUUUAGAAAUAAAGAAGUUUGCUUUAUCAGAAAAACAAAAAAAAAAAUAUAAUUGUUAAUUUAAAAAGCAGUCUUCAUAUUUUUAAUUAAAUAGAGCUAUUUCUUAUUAAUUUAAAGAUUCUGUAUAUGUUUAAGAAGAAUGUUUUUCAUAGUAACCAGAAUAGAUUUAAGUUAAUUUUAUUUUAAGAAAUGUAAAAAUAAAUGUAAAAACUUUAUUUAAAAUGGAUUUUUAUUAAAAAAACGAAAAUAAAAAAUAAACUAAUAAUAAUGCUUAUCAAUAUUUUAAUUUCAGCAUUUUAAAUAAUAAAAAAUUUAGAAACGAGCAUACUCUUUCUUUAAAUACACUUUUUAAAUUAAUAAAAAUAAGUAAAACUUUAUUUUCUUUUUAAAAAGAAAAAACAUAAAUCAAUGAAUAAUAAAUUUAAACCAAAAACGAAGAAAAAAGUUAAGAACUUUUCAUUAUUUAUAUAAGUAAUUUUGAUAUUAAAAAAACAUAAAUUGAACUACUCAAAAGUGGCUUUGGAAUAAAAACAUUUCAAUUAAAUAUUAAAGAUAUAUAAGGUAAGUAGAUAUAAAAAUAAAAUAAUAAAUUAUUAGUUAUUAAAGGAUAAUUAGAAAUUAAUUAUUUUAAUAAACAUAAAAUCGUCUAUGAGCCAUUACUUGAACCAUGGAAGUUUUUAAUAAAAGAAGAAAAAAAAAAACCAAUUCGUCACUUUUUGGUCAGUAAUUAUGAAUCAAAGAAAGUUUUAUAAAUGAUUCCGUUAUUAAAACAACAUAAUAAUUCAUUUAAUUUAAAUGUUUCUUUAGCUUGUUUAGAAUAAAUUGUUGAAAUUUAUAAAAAACUUAAAUAAAAAGAUGGUUCGGAUGAAGAAGAACCAUAUUUUAUCAUAAAUAAGACUGGGUUUUCAUUAGAAAUUAGAGAUUUCGGAAAAGAUAAUAGGCCAGUUUAAGUAAUUGAAGACGGAAAUAGAAAAAAAUGGUUAGGAUGGGAAGAAAUGUAUACUAUGUAAAAGAAAAAAGAAAUGAGAAAAAAAGAUAAUGGAGAAAGAAAAUAAGCACUUGUUAAUAUAAAUAUAAUUUAAGAAGAAGAAGAGGACUUAAAAAUUCAAAUAAAUGACAUUUUAUAAGAAAGUAAAGAAAUGAUAGAAAUAAAUGUUUAAGAAUAAAAUAAAGAAUCAUAAUAAUAGGAUAAAAGAAAAAAAUUAUAAUCUUUAAAAAGCAACAUUUUUGGAAUUAAUAAAAAAAAAAAUAUGUAUUUUUAUAGAUAAAUAAAGAAAAUAUCUUUAGAUAAUAUUGGAAAAUAUUUAAUAAUUUUAAAAAAUGAUGAUGUAGAAAUACUAGAAGAAAAAAACUCAUUAAAAAGAAACAUUACAAUUAAUCAUAAUGUUAAAAAUAAUGCAGAUAAUAUACUAUAAAAAGAAGAAAAUAAUAUAAUUAAAUUAUUCUAAAGUAAUAUAGUAUAAUUAACGGAAAACAUUAAUAAGUUUGGACAAGAUUUGAUAAAAACAAUCAUUAAUAAAAAAAUAAAUGAAGAUGGAAAUACUUAUUUAUUAAUAGAUAAUAAGAUAAAUCAACUAACCGGUUCUAAAGAAAUAACAAUAUCAUCUUCGGCGAGAAUUUUUAAUAAUUUAGAUAUAAUUAUUAAUAUAAACAUAAUCAAUAAAUAUAAAAAAAGUAAAGAUUUUUUAAUAUUCCCAAACACCUUUUGGGAAAUUCCACUACAUUAUCUCCAAAAUGAUACUGAAAUUAAAUUCUCCGAAAAAGAAAAUAAAGACAAUUAUGACUAUUUUUAGCUAAGUUUUAUUUUAAGAGACAAAACAUCACUAAAAGAUUACGAAAUAGACGAAGAAGAUAUUUUUUAGGAAAUUUUAAAUGAAAAAAAUAAUAAAUAAAGACUCAUUUUUAAAUAAGAUUUGGAAAUAAUUCCCAUAUAUAAUGAAUAAAGUCCACUUUUAAUACUAUCUUGUGUUAAAUAAAAAGUAUAUUUUGGCAAUCAAAAAGAUUAUGCUUAUGAAACAAUACUUAUUUUAAACCCUAUGUUUAAAUUCCUAAACGCAACUGCUAAAGAUAUUCAAAUAAAUUUUGGAUUUCCACAAAGAAAAAUCUGGAAAGAAUAAAUAUUAGGGAUAUGUGAAAAAGAAAGGCUUUAUUGGUGUAAAGAAAUAGGUUUUGGGGAUGAUUUGACUAUUAAAAUAGGAUAUUAAAUGUUUUAAUAGAAAAACUGUUGGAAAGUCUAUGGAAAAAAAGAGUAGAAAUAUAAAUUAGACAUUGUUUUGUAACAUGAAUAGAAUAAAUCUAAUAUAAUUUUAUAUAUAGAAGCAGUAAAAAUAUCAUAAAAAGUUAGAUAAUUUAUCCUUUUUUGCCCAUUUUUUAUUCUAAAUAAUAGUCCUUUAAAUAAAUUAAAAUUCAGGGAAUUCGGAUAUACAAGUAAAAUAGAUUUUAAUGAAGAAAAAUAAACAGAUUCAUAAAAAAAGCAGUCUUUUAAAUAAAAUUCAUUUUUAUAUAAAUAAGAAAAUUAUAUUAAUAAUUCUGCAAAAUAUAAUAAAAAAGAUAGAGAAAAUUAUAUUUUUGAGAUAGAAAAGUAAAAUAUUUAAUACUUAAAAAACAUGAAAAUGUUCUCAACUUCCAAACAUAUGAAUAAAAUAUAAGUUGGAAUAUCUGAUAAAAAUGAGAGAUAUUAAUCAUGGAGUUAACCGAUAUCUUUACAAUCUACUAAUUCAGUUUUACAAAUUAUAGAUCCUGUAUAUUAUGAUAAAUAAAUAUAAAUAUAUAUAUAUAUAUAUAUAUAUAUAUAUAUAUAUAUAUAUAUAUAUAUUUUUUUUAUAUGUAUAUAUAUAUUUAUUUAUAUUAAAAGGAUGAUAGAAAAACUUAAUAUGAUCUUUCUUUAAAAAUUGAAAAUAUGCAAGGAUUUUAUAAUAGAACUAAAGUUUUAGUAAUUACUCCUAAAUUUUUUUUUAAGAACUUAUCAUAAUAUCAUUUGUUAGUUAAAUAAAUUGAUGUAAAUGAUUAAGAUUUUAUAUAUUUAGAACCUGUAUAAAAUAAAAGAUUAGUCUAAUAAUAUUUUUGGCAGGAUUUUAAAGGAAAAUAGUAACUUCAGAUUAGCUUUGUUAAAAAUUCUAAUUUAUUUGAUUCUUAAUAAGCUAGUGUUUCUUAAUAAGUUUUUAAUUACGAUUAAAUAAAUUAUUUAUAAUGGUCAAACAGCUUUAAAAUAGAUAAAGUAUUUAUUUUUUUAAUAUAACAAAUAAACUAAAAUAUAUAAAAGAUUUGUAAUAUUGCUGUAAAAGUACCUAAAAUAGAAGGAAAAAAUUUAGACGAUAAUUAGUAUAUAUAUGUAAAAAUAAGUGUAGUUUUAUAAGAUAAUAUACUUAUAACAACUUUCUAUAAUGAAGAUAUAGAAAAUCCACCUUUUUCGUAAUUAAUAGAACGAAAUAUGA